AUGGCUCCGGCAUACAUCAAGGUCCCCGGGCGGGAUAUCGAUGAAGAUGCAGGCCUUGCGCCCAAGAGUGCGCACAUGGCAACGACCACACUGCGCGUUGGCGGCAUGACGUGCGGAUCAUGUACGUCGGCAGUCGAAGGUGGUUUCAAGAAUGUCCAAGGUGUCGACAACGUCUCUGUCAGCCUCGUCAUGGAGCGCGCAGUUGUCACGCACGAUGCGCAGAUCGUCAGCGCCGAAAAAGUCCGAACGAUCAUCGAGGAUACCGGAUUCGACGCCGAGGUUGUUUCGACGGACCUCUUGACCCCAGUUGUUACUCGGUUUACAGACAAGGCCAUCGAGAGUGAAGACGACGGAGUAGUAACGACAACGGUCGCCAUUGAGGGCAUGACAUGUGGUGCUUGUACCUCUGCCGUAGAGGGCGGUUUCAAGGAUGUUCCUGGCGUCAAGACCUUCAGCAUAUCGCUCCUCUCAGAACGAGCCGUCAUCGAGCACGAUUCGAAGCUUCUGUCAGCCGAGAAAAUCGCGGAAAUCAUUGAAGACAGAGGCUUUGGCGCCGAAAUUGUUGAUAGCAAAGCCAAUGCAAAGGCUGAAGGCCCGGCAAGUACCGUUGCCACUACGACUGUAGCCGUCGAGGGAAUGACAUGCGGUGCCUGUACUUCUGCUGUCGAGGGAGGCUUCAAGGGAGUUGAGGGCGUCUUGAAAUUCAACAUCAGUCUUCUGGCCGAGCGCGCAGUCAUUACUCACGACACUGCGAAGCUCUCUGCUGAUAAGAUCGCCGAAAUCAUUGAAGACUGCGGAUUUGGUGCUACAGUAUUGUCUACUGCUUUUGACGCCCACGAUCAAAAUGGCACAUCAACUACCUCUCAGUUCAAGGUCUAUGGUAGCCCAGAUGCUGCCGCUGCAAAGGCCCUCGAAGAAAAGCUGCUGGCUCUUCCUGGUGUCCAGUCCGCUUCACUUAGUCUCUCUACGGAUCGCCUUUCCGUCACACAUAAGCCUACCGUCACUGGCCUUCGCGCAAUUGUCGAGGAGGUAGAAACAGCGGGCUUUAAUGCCCUGGUGGCGGAGAGUCAGGACAACAACGCACAGCUCGAGUCGCUGGCCAAAACAAAAGAAAUCACAGAGUGGAAAAACACCUUCAGGCUCUGUGUCGCAGUGGCUGUCCCGGUCAUGUUCAUCAGCAUGAUCCUGCCAAUGGCUUUCCCCAGCUUAGAUUUCGGUGUCAUUGAGAUCAUCUCUGGUCUCUAUCUCGGCGACCUCGUCUGCAUGAUCGCCAUCACACCCAUUCAGUUUGGUGUCGGAAAACGAUUUUACAUUUCAGCCUACAAGUCACUCAAGCACCGUGCUCCCACGAUGGACGUCCUUGUCGCUCUUGGUAGUUCAUGCGCCUACUUCUUUAGCGUUAUUGCUAUGAUCAUUUCUAUUGCCCUACCACCACACACUCGACCGGGUGUGUUCUUCGAGACUAGCGGCAUGCUUUUCACCUUCAUUUCCCUCGGCCGCUUCCUCGAGAACCGCGCCAAAGGCCAAACUUCAAAGGCUCUGUCCCGGCUCAUGUCUCUCGCCCCAUCAAUGGCAACCAUCUAUGCCGAUCCUAUUGCCGUAGAGAAGGCAUCGGAAUCAUGGGCCAAAUCUGCUGAAGAAUCUACAGACAACAUGGCCCAGCGUUCAGAGGAGGCAAAUGCUUCGGUGUAUGAGGAAAGAAACAUCCCGACCGAUCUGCUCCAGGCUGGGGACAUUGUCGUUAUUCGACCUGGUGAUAAAAUCCCGGCCGACGGUGUCAUUGUCAGGGGCGAAACCUAUGUCGAUGAGAGCAUGGUAACCGGAGAGGCUAUGCCUGUGCAGAAGCGCCUUGGUUCCAACCUGAUCGGAGGAACGGUCAACGGUAAUGGUAGAGUGGAUUUCCGUGUCACUCGAGCUGGUCGCGAUACCCAACUCAGCCAAAUUGUGAAGCUUGUUCAGGACGCCCAGACCACGAGGGCCCCUAUCCAGAAGCUGGCCGACACUUUGGCAGGCUACUUUGUUCCUUUGAUUUUGGCUCUCAGCUUACUCACUCUCCUCGUAUGGUUGAUUCUCAGCCAUGCUCUUCCCCACCCGCCCAUGAUCUUCAUGAAGGACAACAGCGGCGGCAAGGUCAUGGUUUGCCUCAAGAUUUGUAUCUCCGUCAUUGUAAUUGCAUGCCCUUGUGCCCUUGGUUUAGCGACACCAACUGCCGUCAUGGUCGGAACCGGUGUUGGAGCGGAGAAUGGUAUCCUCAUCAAGGGCGGAGCUGCACUGGAGACAACCACCAAAAUCACCCAAGUCGUAUUCGACAAGACUGGCACAAUCACGCGCGGUAAGAUGAGCGUUGCCAAGAUGGAGUUGGUUACCGGCUGGAAGGGUGACUCGCUACGAAAGAGACUCUGGUGGUCAGUUGUUGGUCUUGCUGAGAUGGGCAGCGAACACCCGAUUGGCAGAGCCAUCCUGGCUGCUGCUAAAGAAGGACUCGGAAUUCUCGAUGCUGAGAGUGCUGUCCCCGGUAGCGUUGUUGACUUUAAGCUUACUGUCGGUGGAGGAAUCAAUGCCCUCGUUGAGCCUGCGUUAUCUGGCGAGAGAACUCGCUACAGGGUUCUAGCCGGAAACGUCAAGUUCCUUGAAAGCAAUGGCGUCGAAGUUCCUCAAAGUGCCAUUGAUGCCGCAGAUCAAACCAACUCCUCAACAAAGGGCAAGGGCAAGGGCUCGCCGUCAGAAAAUGUAAGCGCAGGAACAACAAACAUCUUCAUUGCCAUUGAUGGAAACUACACGGGCCACCUCUGCCUUUCGGACAUCAUCAAGGAUGGUGCGCUCUGGGCAAUCUCUGUGCUGCACCGUAUGGGAGUCAAGACAGCCAUGGUUACCGGAGACCAGCGCCCCACGGCCUUGGCCGUUGCAGCCGUUGUCGGCAUCUCUCCUGAAAACGUAUACGCCGGCGUUAGCCCCGACAUGAAACAAACCAUCAUCAAGCAAAUCCAAGAGCAGGGUGAAGUUGUUGCCAUGGUGGGAGACGGCAUCAACGACUCUCCUGCCCUGGCCACGGCCGACGUAGGUAUCGCCAUGGCCAGCGGAACAGACGUCGCUAUGGAGGCCGCGGAUAUCGUCCUGAUGCGCCCCGACGACUUGCUCUGCGUCCCGUCCGCCAUGCACCUCACCCGACACAUCUUCCGCCGCAUCAAGAUGAACCUGGCAUGGGCCUGCCUGUACAACAUCAUCGGCAUCCCCCUCGCCAUGGGCUUCUUCCUGCCCCUCGGCGUCCACCUGCACCCCAUGGUGGCAGCAGGCGCCAUGGCCUGCAGCAGCGUCAGCGUUGUGUUGAGCAGCCUGAUGCUCAAGUACUGGAAGCGACCCCAGUGGUUCGAGGAGAACUCGCUCGACGCCUCUGGCAACAGCAACCUGCAGUGGAAGAGCGGCUCCGGCAUCGUUGGCUGGGCGAGGGAGAUGUUUGGCCGUGCUCGUGGCACGAAGCGCGGCGAGGGAUACGUUGCCCUGGAGGAUCUAGAGGCUUAGAUGUAGACUCUCAUUGUCUAGGUAUAUUGGAGUUGCUAGUUUUAACACGUAGGUGUACGAUGAAGGCAGUGAGUUGAAGUUGGAUCUUGUAAACGAAAUGGUAAUUGGCCGGACCAAGGGAGCAUAGCGUGCGUUGAUGGACGAAUAAUGGCGUUUAAAUUCAGUAACAGAAAUGUCUUUUCAGAGUCAUGAAACUUUAAAACUUUGUGCAGUACUUUGUGUGUUUUGAACAGUAGCAAAUCUCACCGUAGCUACCAAAAAGAUUCUAUAGUAACUAUUAUGGACAAUGGAGAGGAACGACAAUUCACUGCUCAGAAUAUAUAUGAUAUGGAAUCAUUCAUAACCCUUUGAAAAGAAAAAAAGCCAUCUUGUCUCAAGCCUCUCAUAUCUAUCUCUUUAGCUCUAACGUCCUAGUCCAACAGUAUCUAUGUACAUGUCUCCAAACCAGCCCACAGGCAACUUUACCCCAGAAUGCAUACAAAAGUAAUCUUUGAACGGGAAUUUAGAGAACAAAAAAAAAACAACCCCAAUGCUUUACCCCCAAAAUCCAUAAUGCAGGAAAAAAAAAAAAAGAAAAGUCUCCAGCGAGAAACGACGCC